GAUUAUACACACAAACCUUGGCCAAGAUUAUUUUACAUGACGUCACACGAUCCAUGGCAGUUUUUGUUGUGAUCUUUUUCUCUUUCUGUGGUGCAUUGACUUUAUCACUCUGUUACUCGGCAUCCAGGGAAAACCAGGAACUUCGUGGUUUUGGAGACGUCUUGUUGAGCGGGUUUCGUGCUCUGUCUGAACAGUAUCCGAUGGUGGAAGAUUACUCUACAUUCAACUGGCUGUCAGUUCUGCUGAUGAUGGCGUACAUGGGGACAGUGACUGUAAUUCUACUGAACAUUCUCAUUGCACAAAUGAGCACGACCUACACUCAGGCCAAGAAAGUCGCCCGUCUGGAAUAUGACGUGGAUCGGAUUUUACAAAUCACGCGCAUGGAGAGACUUCCUUUUCAAAAUUUACGCAUGAAGUAUUACAAGGAGGGAGAAUGGAUCAGUGAAAUGAAACUCGCAAAAGAGCUUCUUGAAUUCAGUGAAGAUCGUAAUCCCUGGGAGUCGGUGGAAGGGAAACUUCUAGAGAUAAGGAGAGUUGAGGAGGAUUUCGUUGUUAAAGAUAUCAGUAACAAGGAAGACUCCCAGACAACAACAGACUGUCACCACGAAGAUUUCUUGUCCAGUCAAUAUGACAGAGAGUUCUGGAACAAGGUUACUCAGAAGCAGAGUAAUGGAGUGUUGUGGAACAGAGCUAUGGAUGAAGUCCUUCUUGAAAGACUGAUUCAGAAAUACAAGGCUAAUGGAGGACUUGACCGUGAGGAUCCAGCUCUAUUGAUGUUGAAAAUUUGGCCAGCAUCAAAACAAUACAAAGAUAGUCCUGAGAAGCUUCCAGGCUUGGAACAGCUGAUAAGUCUGUUGCUGGAAAUUUUGUUAAGGGGUGAACUGAACUUGGGCAACAGAUAUGAGACAUUCAGAGAUGUGAACAAGACUAAGAGGACAUUAUUAUGCUAUGCUGCAGAACUUGGAUUUUUAAAAGUUGCCAAAACACUUGUGAAGAAGUGUCCAUUAUUGCUCUCUAUGGAGACAAAACAACCUUGGACAACAAAACCCAUGUUUCCUGUUGAAAUGGCUUUAUUGGCAGAGAAAGAUGAGGUGGUAGCAUAUUUGAUACGAAUGAUGUGGUAUGAAAGUUUUAAGUUUGUCUUUGAAAAUCCUAAAAUGAAGAAAACAACUUUGGCUCUGCUAGACCAAAUGGUAAAUCCUCACAGGCCGCAUCUUCCAAAACGCAAAGACAGUUACAAAAAUGAACAUGAGAAAGAAGGAAUUGAAGGAGCUUGGAGGACAAUCACAGAUGAUCCCAUAGAUUAUCACUUUUAUUAUCAUAUCUUGGAUGGCGACGAGGGAGGACGCCCUCCCGAGCUCAAUACAACCCCUGGCAAAGAAAAGCAGACAGACAACAACCAUUUUACCUGGAGAGACAGGUCUUGUUUACAUGUGAUUGCAAAGAGCAAAAACAAGGAGGCCUUACAACAUCCUGUGGUUAGAAUGUUGGUGAAAACAAAAUGGAAAAGUUAUGGACACUUUUUUCUGAGGUACACUUUGUGCAUGUUUAUGCAUAGGAAAUCACAGGGGUGA